AGAGCCUCCUUGUUCAAGAUAUGGGUGCCUAUGACUACCAUAUCUACUUUGAGUAUUGAUCAUGAAUCUAUAUCUUCCAUCAGUUUCGCUGUAUCUUCUCCCCAUUAACCCAAUCCCUAGAUACCCAAUUCGUCGAUACCCAGCUCCGAUUUCUCGGCCGAAUUUCGCAAACCCUAGGCCGCUCAGUCUUCCCACGAAGAGGGUUCUCCGAGCGAGAGCUUCCGUUGAUGGAAAUGGAGAAACCGGGAAUUGGGUGAACCGGCUGCCGACCAAGGGACUCAACGCCGAGAACAUCUUCCGAUUGAUUUCGAGCGCUACCGGAAGUCCCAUUGGGCAGUUCAUCUCUUCCCCCGUCACGUUCCUCCAUUCUGUGGACCCCAGGAUCAAACUGGUAUGGCUUUUGACUCUAGUUGUUCUUCCAGCAAGAGCACACAUAUUCGUGCGCUUGGGACUUGUUAUAUGUACAGCGCUUUUGUCCAUAACCAUUCUCCCCAAACAAGUUUGGAUGGAUCAACUGGGGAGAGUGUCACUGCUUUCAGGGAUCCUUUUCAUAACACUGGGACUGGGUGCGGAUAGUGUGCCCCCAAUGCUUCAAUCAAGAACCCCGCCAGCCGCAAUCACAAGCUUGCCCGACCUUCCCAUGUCGUUGAGUGGUUACUCAUACUUGUUGUUCAAGCUUGGACCUUUGCAAUUCACAAGGAAAGGCUUGAAUGUUGCCAGCACAGCUGCUUGCUUAACCUUUAUCAUCUUCCAAAGUGCUAGCAUUUGUCUUGCGACCACAACACCCGAGCAACUCGCUCUAGCUUUGCGUUGGUUUCUAUUCCCAUUGACAUAUAUUGGUGUUCCGGUGGGUGAAAUGAUUCUAACGCUCUUGCUCUCAUUGAGAUUCAUUAGCUUGGUUUUCGACGAGGUACGUAGUGUCGCACUUGGAGUUGUAUCCCGGAGGAUAAACUGGCAGCAGUUGACAGUUUUGGAGACACUCGAUAUUUUUGCUUCUUUCAUUCGCCGCAUCUUCACAAAUAUUUUCCGCCAUGCUGAGCAAAUAUCACAGGCAAUGAUUGUGAGAGGCUUCAGAGGGGACUGCAAUGCUCACCAGCUGUAUUUCUUCUCGGGUUCAUCGGUUAAGACAGCGGAUUUUGCGUCUGUUUUCUGUUUGAUCGGUGUAAUCGUAACUGCGGUCUGGUCUGAUUGCUUCCUCGUCUGAUUGAUAGAUGUUUGAUGGAUUUUCCCCAUCGGUUUGGAUGCAAAACUCAUUCCAUUGUGACUUCUUAUGGGCGGAGAGACAGUUUUUUUUUUUUGGUAAUUUCUGCAGAAUCCAUGCAAAGAAAGGGAGAAAGUGACGAACUGGACAAUGUUUUAGAGACAGAAGCAUUGUUUUUUUUUUGUAUACAAAUGGCUGAGAAGUAUGGUUAUUUUAUAAUA